GUCCAAUUGAACCCCUUCUGCUCGGUGACGCGAGCUGAUACAGACGAUUGAUUGUACCCUUCUUGACCCCAUCCCAUCCCAUCCGUCAUCAACUGUGAUCCACGCAGGGACGCGAGUCUCUUGUCGCUCCUUCACGUUCUCACACUCCUGUCAUUUCGACUUCUUCUUUCUCACCCUCACACCAACUACUCUAGUGUCGUCACACUCUCAGAGGGAGCGGUCCCUCGCCACCACCAUCGCAACCUCAUCUCUCAUCCUCACCUCCCGCUUCCUUACAUCUUCGCACAACUGCGGCUCGCACCGCCCUCGCAACGAUGCCACAACGCAACAUGAUGAGCUAUGAGGAGCUCUCCACCAUCAUCCACUUUGCGCCAAUGUGCCUCGUGGUGCUCGACCGGAAUCGCAAUCUGCGCAGAGUCAACAAGAUGGCAGAGUCGCUCCUCGGCCUCGAUCCACGCUUCUGCACCGGCCAGUCUAUCCUCAACUGGGUUCCCGACACGUCCCACAGCGUCGUAACGCGCGUCCUCAAUCUAGCCGCUGAAGUCGCCUGGUCACAAGCUCCCAACAGUGCCAACAGCGCCAGCUCGCCCCCGGCACAGACGACCAUCUCUCUUCAUACCCGUCGUAGCGAGCACGAUGAUCCUGGACGCCCCUUCUGGGCCGAGAUCAGCUGCGGAAGCUAUUUCGAGGACCCCAAAGCCCCCUUGCACGAGGCGUCGUACAUUCUGACAAUUGUGCCCUACAACAAUCACCGCGCAAAGACGAUGGACAAACUCAGGGAAUCUUCUACUUCGAAUGAGGACAGCCUCGCCAAGUCACCAGCCUCUUCCAUUGCGUCGACCUCCAGUCACCCGCUCACUGCAGAGCACAUAGCAACAAAUGACAUCAACUUCACGCCGCUCACGUCCACGAAGAAAGCUGCGACAGCCACCACCGUUGCUGAAACGAGUGAUGCCUCGAAGCGACCAGAGAGCAGCACCGUUGCCCCUUCCAUCGCGGACGCAUCGGAAUGUGCCUCCUCCGAGGUCAGCACCGUCGACCCUCGCGCAGCAGAGAACCUGCUCAAAUCCAUCGUCUAUGGCUUCGACUUCCCCGUGAUCGCCAUGACAAAGGACGGGCGCACCAUCAUCCGCAACGAUGCAAUGGACAAGACCCUGUUAGACAUCUGCGCUAUACCCGAAGAGCGUCCUUGGGGUGAAAAGGGGGCUAUGAGCGCAGAUAUGCUGAGCGACAAGGCAGUAGACGUAUCGUGGCUCUUUUCCUUCUUUCGCCUCUACGACACAUCAUUCACCUACGAGAUGCCAGAGUCAGCCUACCCGCUCUACCGCGCCGCCAUCUUGGGAGAGCGCUUCAAACACACGCGCUUUGGCUGCCUGGUGAGCGAAUCAGGGAGGCGUGUUAUAGAGUCAGAAGGGUGGCCGCUCUACGCCGACGAAGGCAAAGGCGAGUUUAUAGGCGGCGUGGUCAUACUCAAGGACGUCACAAAAGUGCAGGGCGGCGAGCUGAGUUCACUAGAAGACGUCGCCAAUCUCCCAACACCCUCAGCACUUGCCAUCUCUGGGGAUGAACCGGCAUACGCCUACUACCGCAAUCUUUGCCAAGAGCUUCCAGACAUAGCCUGGAUCGCUCGCGGGGACGGCUACCUCGAAUGGUACAAUAGCCGCUGGUACGAGUACACGGGCCACACUCCAGAAGAGUCCGUAGGCGCAGGCUGGACAGCUCUGGUCCACGAGGACGAUUUCCCCGCCGUAUCCAAGGCUUGGAGCAAUGCGCUUCGUACCUCGAGCCGCUAUGAGGUCCAGGAGAGGAUUCGUGGCACCGACGGCCAGUAUCGCUGGAUGCUCUGCCGUGCACACCCUUUCUGCAAUGCCGAUGGCAACGUCAUCAAAUGGUUCGGCUACCUGACCGAUAUUCACCAGACACUUGAGACACUCGCCGCCAACCGCGAGUCGAAGGAGCACCUUACCGAAGCGGUGCGCGUGGCAGACAUCACGCUUUGGUCGAUCGACACGCAGGGCAUCUUCACGCUCGCCGAGGGUAAUCUCUCGGGCAUUGAUCCGAACACGAGCAACAGCUCCCUCACCGGCUCACAGGCUUCAGACGACGGGCGCGGCGAAAAGGACAGGGACCAUCACAUCCGCCUGUUGCCCCCUACCCAGGCUCCCAUUGUGGGGAAGAGCAUCUACACUGAGUGGGGCGAGACGACUCGUCGCGCCAUUCAGCGGGCACUAGCGGGCGAGACUGUUGUGGAAGAGACAACGAUCAAGGGCAGGACGUACCGCACUCACUACAAGACUAGAAGGGCGAGGAUGUCCUCCCCUACCAGCUUCUUGUUCUCGGAGAGGCUGAAUCCGGAGGAUGCGCCUAUUGUUGGGGUGACGGGCAUGAGCAUGGAUAUUACGGAGAGGCUGGACCUGGAAAAGAAGAUGGCAGAGGGUAUCAGGGAAGUGGCAAGGGCGGAGGCGGCCGAGGCGGCUGCUACUGAGGCAAGCAGGAUGAAGUCCCAAUUCCUCGCCGUCAUCUCUCACGAGAUCCGCACACCCUUGAAUGGUGUGGUCGGCCUCUCCGAGCUCCUUUUGGACAUCGAGUCCCUCCCCCUCGAAGCCAGCGACCUAGUCAAUUCGAUCCUCCGCUCAGCUGGCGCCCUCCUCACGGUAAUCAACGACGUCCUCGACUUCUCCAAGGUCGAGGCAGGCAGGCUCGACUUGGUCUCUCUGCCGUUCUCGCUCAGGUUGACAUGCGAGGACUCGGUGCGCGAUUUCAAGAGGCUGAUGGCGCAGAAGGGGCUGACGCUCGUGAAGGACAUUCAGCUGCCGGAUGAGAUGGUCAUGGGUGACGCGGGCAGAAUCACACAGGUACUCAACAAUUUGAUGGGGAAUGCGGGCAAGUUUACGGAGGAGGGUUCUGUUUCUCUCCGUGCACGCAAGACUGCGGAAUCCCCGCUGGGCUCGCACUACACAUUCACCGUAUCUGACACAGGCUGCGGUGUCCCAGCCAGCAAGAUUGGCCUCCUCUUCCAGCCCUUCCGUCAAGCCGACCCUUCCACUUCGCGACGCUACGGAGGCUCAGGGCUGGGUCUCGCAAUCUGCAAGAAUCUGAUCGAGCUGAUGGGUGGGCAGAUCAGCUUGAGGUCGGAGGAGGGCAAGGGGACCACGGUAUCCUUUACGAUCCCCUUCAAGCCGGCAGAAAAGCCCCUCAGGACCCCAACGGAGGAAGCUGUGGGCGGUUUCAAGUUGACAGAGGUCAUGCUGAGCCCGAAACAGCAGCGCGAGCCGCAGGGCCAGCAGAGCCAGCAGCAGGCAAUGAGACCGAGCCUCUCUGCCGCAAGUGGAUCGAGCGCCACAGACUGGAUUGCAGGUGCGGAGCGACGCAUCUCAACUACAGCGAUGAGCGGUGGGCCUGACUACCAGGGCUUGUGCCUGCGACGCUCCUCUAUUGUGGAUGUGGCUGCGGGCGUAGGGCCGAAUAGUAGUGUCCUGCCAUCCAAGGCGGCCAAGCCAAACUUUUCGUCUCCCUUCGCGAUAGAAGCGCAGCAGCCAGAAGCGACUGGCUCCUCUUCCACCUCGCCUCAGCCCCCCCUCUCUCCCCAACAGCAACCCCAACAAGCGCGGCCGCGCGUUCUUUUGGCGGAAGACAAUCCAAUCAACUCACAGAUCGCAAUCAAGACGCUCAACAAGCUAGGCUACGAUGUCGACCACGUCGAGAAUGGAGAGCUGGUCCUACUGGCACUUGAAUCCUCCCUUGCCUCAACUCCCCCUGGCGCGGGUCACUACUACGAUCUCGUAUUGAUGGACUGCAUGAUGCCCACCAUGGACGGGUACCAAGCAACGCGCAAGAUGCGUGCCUCACAGCACUUGGAGCGAAUGAGGAAGAUCCCAGUCAUCGCGCUGACUGCCGCAGCGAUCCAGGGACAGCGGACCUGCUUCGCGGCGGGCAUGACGGACUACCUCUCCAAGCCAGUGCGACGCGCCACACUCGGUGCAAUGCUGGUCAAAUGGCUGGGCAGGGAGCAUCCACAAAACGCAAUGGGGUUGCCCUGCAUGCUCGAGGAUAGGGAAGAGGCUCUUGGCAGGGGUGGAUCUGUGAAGCCAGGUCUGGAGGACGGUGUGCCGGCGAUCGAGUUUGGAGAGGGGGGCCUGGUGGUUGCCGGGUCAUCGAACUCGGCCUUGACCAGUGUAAUGGGCUUCGGCGGGGCGGGACAGGAGGGUAGUACAACCACGACCACUACUACGCGCAGGGGCUCGGGCGGGGCAACCACCACCGUUGUCACCACCUCACGGGUGGUGAUGUGAGCGAGCGAGGGUCGAGAGAGUGGAGCAGCCAGCGCGGCUAGAGUUACGACGAAGACGAAGACGAUGACGACGCUCUCACGAUGGGCCCGUACAACAUUAGACACGACAGAUAUUGGCCCGUCACACUACUUGUACUUUUUAGCACGGCAUCAUUUCGUUACACUAGGCUCAUUAGAUCCUUAUUUCACGACUCGCCCGCCCGUCUAGUCCUCCUCGUCAACAAUGAGCGUCUUGACGCUGAACUGACUGCGGUCCGCCGAAUGCUCUACAGCCUCCUUUGCCCUCUCGAGCGGGAAGGUAUGUGUGACCAGCUUCUUGAGGUUGGGCAUCUUGCCGCUCGCCACGAUACGGAUAGCGCGGGGCCAUGUGUCCUUGUAG